AUGAGCACACUGACCGAAUUCGAGCCUUAUGUAGACAAGACCAUUCAUACUUUUUUCGGGAAGUUGGAUGAGUUUGUGGCCGAAGCGAAAGUCUUCGAUAUUGCCAUCUGGCUACAAUACUAUGCAUUUGAUGUUAUCGGAGAAUUAACCUACAGCAAGCCACUGGGCUUCCUUGAGAAAGGGAAUGAUGUCGACGGAAUCAUUGCCGCAAUCGAGCAUUUUCUCCACUAUGCCGGAACGAUUGGGCAGAUGCCAUGGCUUGACUACCUGUUCAUCAAGAACCCUCUCAGGAACCUUCUCGGAAAGGGAUCGACCGGGGCUGCGGCUCGCUUUGCUCGCACGAGACUCGACGAACGAUUAAACCGGAAAGACGCAUGUCCAGUGGCCAGAAAGCAAAAGGAUUUUCUCGACCGUUUCUUGGAAGCGAAAAACGAGCACCCGAAUAUUGUAAACGAUACCCAAGUCUUCGCAUACACGAUCAGCAAUAUCAGUGCCGGUUCCGACACCACGGCGAUUUCUCUCCGGGCGAUCCUUUAUUACACCCUCAAGAGCCCCCGAGCAAGUAUGCGAUUGCACCAAGAGCUCACCCUCGCCUUGAAAGAAAAUCGGAUCUCUUUACCCGUGUCGUGGAAGCAAAGCCAAGAGCAACUCCCCUACCUCGAUGCGGUAAUUAAAGAAGCACUACGUCUUCACCCGGCCGUAGGAUUGAUGCUUGAGCGGGUAGUGCCUGCUGAGGGACUCCAGCUUCCGGAUGGUGGUCCAUUUCUGCCGGCUGGGACGAUAGUUGGUGCCAAUCCGUGGGUCAUACAUCGGAACCAUGUCUUUGGGGAGGAUGUAACUUCAUUUGUUCCGGAGCGGUGGCUCAAGAUGGAGACUGAGUCUGAGGCCAAUUUUCAGGACAGAAGGCAGAAGAUGCUUCGGGCGACGUUUACUUUCGGGGCUGGAGCGAGGACUUGCAUUGGCAAGAAUAUCAGUCUUCUGGAGAUUUACAAGUUGAUUCCCUCGCUCUUUCUACGAUACAAGAUUAAAUUCGUGGAUCCUAGUGCGGAAUGGGAGAUUAUCAAUGCGUGGUUUGUGAUCCAAAAGAACAUGAACGUGCGGUUGACGCAUAACAAGGAAGGACAGGUGCUACAUCCAUAG